CACAGAAACGCCAGACCCAAGGUGAGUGAAAUGUACACAGCUGGAUUUCUGGAAAUGCUGCUUUGGAUCCUGUGAGAAAGGAAUGGUUAAAAGGCAGAUGCAGUUCAUCAAGUUACUUACGCUUUACCUGAGGGAACCAUUCUGCACUGAAUAAUGGACUGACUGGACUGACCGAUCCAACAUGGACACUUUUCCUCUGUUAGUGCUCCUGCUGUCGUGCAGGAUUGAAGCAGUUGGAGCUCUGAAUCUAUCCCCCGGAACUCUGACGGUCCUGAGAGGGGAAAAAGCCAGAUUCACCUGCACUCCUUCCAGCAACCAGUGGACUGUUAUGAUUUGGCUGGUGGGUGGUAGUGUAGCACUCACUGUCUCUAAUGAGAUUGGUGUCCUGCCCUCCAUCAAUCCGAAUGUGAUGGCUGAAAAAAAGGAAGGUGGAUGGAUGUUUGUCCUGAAUAACACAGAGAGACACAACCAGGGAGAAGUGACCUGUGAUCUCCAGGGCAUUGAUAGGAAAACAGCGAGGCUGUUUGUACAAGAGAAAGGCAGUGUGAAAGUCCUCGGGGAGAACAGGUUGGCUUUUCAGGGACAGUCAGUCCUGUUUGAAUGUCAAGCUGCAGGAUGGUACCCUCAGCCGGUACUGAAAUGGCAGGUGAAUGACAAAGAGGUGGGUCUGAGUGAAUACAACAUCAGCAGUGAAGAGUCGGGAGAGCGCCUCUUCACUCUGACCAGCAACCUCAGUGUGUUGGCAGCAAAGAGUUCUCACGUGGACUGUCUGGCUUCUGUGUCUGCCCUCCCCAAACCACUGAAGAGCCGAAUCAGUCUAAAAGUGGUCGCAGAGGUGUUGCAGGAAGGAGGCGACUGCACAGUCCCGGUGGCGAUAACCGCCUCCCUCUCUGCUUUUCUGUUGCUCAUCCUGCUCUGCAUCUGCACUGUCCUCUGCUACAGACAAAGGAGACAAGCAAAAGCAAGCCCACAGGAGGUACUAAGGUUUGACCAAUCGGUGUUCGGGAGAAGUGCAGUUGCUGGGGCGCCAGAGGGCAAAGUCAACCUGGGGUACUCUAGUGAGGGCUCGACAGAUGCAGUUAACAGUGAGCUAUUCUGGGAAACUCAUAGACAGAUGGACUUUGUCAGCUUUCACAAGGUCCCUGAUGUUGUGUCCUCCAGCAGCUUUUCUACACAAGGUGAGAGCCAAGCCAACAUGUGUCCACCAGAGGAAAGCUGCAAGAAUGUUAGGAGAAUUACCACUGUUUGAAUAUUAUUAUGUUUUGUAUGCAUGAUUGUUUUUGUAUAAUGUUUCGCAUUUUUGUAAAGCCACAAGCUAAGGUCAUAUGUUCUUGAACUAAAAGUGUCUAACACAAUUAUUUAGUAGAAAAAAAAAAUUAAUUCACUUGCCACUUCAUUAGUUACACCUCGCUAGUUUUUUUUUCCCUCAGAGAUUUUGGUCCAUAUUGACACGAUAGCGUCACAUGGUUGCUGCAGAUUUGUCAGCUGCACAACCGUGAUGUGAAUCUCCAAUUCCACCACAUGCCAAAGGUGCUCUGGUGGAUUGAGAUCUGGUGACUGUGGAGGCCAUGUGAAUACAGUGAACUCACUGUCAUGUUCAAGAAGCCAGUUUGAGCUGAUCUGAGCUCUGAGUGUUAUUGUUUGUUAUCCUGCAGCAAUCAGAAGAUGGGUACACUGUGGUCAUAAAAAAGACUAACGGGCUCAGUGUGCCAAGAAAAUACCCC